AUGUUGAGAGAUGAGGGAAGCCAAGCAGCUGUAGCAAGAAAGCAAAAGGCAGAGAAAGCAAGGAGAAUGAGAGAAAGGAUGUCCAUAGAUGAAGGUUUGGAGUAUGUGAGAUCGAGGGAAGAGAGGAACCAGCAGAUGGCAGAAUCUGAGGCAGGGGAUCAUGUCUCCUCUGAAGAGCAGUCUGAAAGUGAGAGGUUGAGGGAGGAAAGGAAAACCAAGAAGAGGAAUGAUCCCAUUGGUAGUGAAAGCGAACAAGGGGAUUUUGAGAUUGGGAUUAACCUUGUUCAAGAGGGGGGUUAUGGCUCUCCAAUUCAAGUAGGAAGUGACGAGACUGAGAGUGAAGAGGAAGAAGAGGAGGUGAACCGAUUGGUUGAUGAGAGUGAUCAAGAGGGUAACCAAGAUGAGCCCAUGGAGGAAGCUGAGCCACAAGAGGAGGAAGAAGAACUCCCUAUGUACCAAGAGCACUACAAUGCUCUCUUCUCCAUGGACUUUGUGGAGCCAAGUUCACCAAUUUGUGAGCUCGAUCGAGCUGAGUUGGACCAAGGCUGGGGAUGGAUCACGUUCUUGGCAAGGGGAGAAAGGAAGGCAUUACCUUUAGGCAGCUUGAGAUACUGUUUGGGUUCACUUAUGGAGAAGGAACCUAUUGGGAACAUCAAGGAAGAUGAGCUCCAAAGGUUUGGGCUACAAUCGCUGAUGGAGUACUCUUCCUCAAGGUCUAAGGCUGCUCAAAUCAGAAGUCCCAGUGCUGAGAUAUGUCCACAAGGCUCUUGCCAACACCUUCUUUGCAAGGAAAGCCACUGGACAAUCAAUGAAGGAGAAGUGAAGCUCCUUGACAUGGGAAUCAAGCCCAUCAUCUCACGCACAAGGGAUGGGAAGAAGAUCAGAGGAGAUAGGGCACAUGCAGGGAAACCUCAUGCCUCUCCUUGA